AUGUCGAUGAUCUUCACCUGCAGCCUCUUAGGGGAAGACCUGGUCCUGGCCUGUGGCAACACCAGCAAUGUGGCGGAGCACCUCGAAUUCGCGGUGCCGGAGGAGCAUGGAGCCUGCCCAUCUUCGAAGUGGCCCGCACGCCAGGACACACAAUGGUUCUCUUGUGACGAGUGGGACAAGAGCCACAUCGAGCCUUCAGAUGCCAAGACGGAGGAACCUUCAGAGGCUGGUUCUGAUUCGACCAAUGUGGAGGUGGACACCGACAAAGAGACCUUCACAUUGAGAGUCGUCCCAAGAACUGUAGACGGACGUGUGCAAGAUUUGCGACGACGGCUACAAGAUGUGGGCGUAGACGAUCCAGAUUCAGAGGCAGCAGGUAGCAUCAACAAGCUGGGUGGUUAUCCCACAUGCUACUGGCGGUUCUUGAGGUCCUGCAAUAUGGACCUGAAGGCGGCUGAGCAGAAGCUGAGAGCCACCUUGCGCUUCCGCCAACGGCAAGGCAUGAUACAGCUCAUGGAUCAACAGUCAGAAGGACAUACACGCAAGGUUCAGCCCAUAAAAGUGGAUUUGGAGGAUGAGGAUCAGGUGAUUGAGACCUGUACCUCUUACGAAGAGGCUUUUCUUGGCUACAAGCCCAAGGGCUCCACAUUUCCCACUCUUUCCCCUCCAGUCAUGGUGCCGAGCUGCCUCCUACCGCUUGUUCCCAGCCAGGCUUCGCAAAUGACUCCAGCUCCUGUUCAGCCCGUGGAUAGAACUGCAAGGCCAAAGCGACCCCGACUGGAAGUGAUCCAUCAGGCUUCCAGUGAGAGCCCUCAGAUGCCCAGGAUGGAAGCGGCUGAAGUCGGAAUCUUUUCACAAGAUCAGACGAUCUCAGAGGCGCCCAGUGAGUCAGAGAGUUUUGCAGAUUUGCCAAAGGAAUUCUUGCUGCCGGACGCUCCAGCUGAAGCGAAGGCUCCAGUGGUGCCUGAGCCAGUGCAGCCGCCACCAGCCACACCAGCAACCUUUGAUGAAGAGGCGGAGGAGAGCUUGCCAGCUGUACCGUACUCGCAGGCAUACGUCGAGCGGCUGCGCAACAACGCGGAGGAAGACUGCUGCUGCAUUUGUCGGAAAGUGUUCAUCGCUGACCAGGUGCGCUUGGGCUACACUCCUCACAAUGGAAAUGAAGCGCGAUGGCUCCAUCUCCGAUGCCUCGCAGACGAUGGGCUUCAAAUGGAACCGGGAGAUUGGCUUGCUUUCUCCCCAGGCAUCGGUGUCGAAGAGCGCCAGCGAGUCUUAACGAUCCUGAGCAUACGGAGACCCAUGCGACCCAUGGACUCCCAUACAGGGCCCCUUUCUUGGAGUCCACGGCUUUGGUGCCAUUGCCCGGCCAUCUCUCAGCGGUGGCCGCGCUGCAGAGUGCCACGUGCUGGGGCCACGCGUGCAGCCCCACGACUCAACCUGCGGUAUGUGGCACCAGUGUUGAGCACUGUCUCCCAACAAGCACGAGCCGUCCUCCUUCGAGAACGCCAUCGUCGCUUACAGGCCGCUGGUCGCCAGGUCGUACCACCAGUGCCUCUGGCACGGAGACCAGCAAGUGGUCCAAGUGCCGUGGCGCGUCGGGCUCAAGUCACCGCCAGCUCUAGAAGGCCAAACACACAGGUGGAACCUGUGGCUGAGACCGAGACCCGUUCCGGGCGACGGCAAUGGCAACGUCGAUCGGCCCUGGGUGAACGCGCCAAGGAACUCUUUGCCGUUGUUUUUGAACGACUGAAGGAUGCUUGGCCAGAGGCUUGGAUUGGCACCACCAGUGAUGGCAGCCCUGUCUCCUUCUUCGAUGUGGGCAAGGCAGUGCGCUUUCUGCAAUUGGGUGUUGCGGAGGACGAGCUGCGCCUCUUCUGGAUGUUUUGGAUGGAGCGAAGCAACGAGCAGCAGCGAAACGGCCUUGCGCGCGCAUCAGGCAGCAUCGAUCCCCACGACAUGCCUGGCACGGUGGUGAUCUACGACUUGAAAGAGCUGCUGCUCUCGUCGCUCACGUCAUGCUUGUCGGGCCUCCACACGUUGGUCAAGGUCUUGGGUCUAGCGGAGAAGCACUAUCCCAGCAACCUCCGCAAGGCCAUUGUCCUGAAUGCACCGACCAUUUUCAGCCGCAUGGUGUGGCCGUUGGUUCACAAGGUCUUAGACUCCGAGACUCGCAACAACGUCUCGGUCUGUGACUCCCUCGAGGGCCUCCAACUGGCGGGCUUUAGUGCUUCUGAACUGGUCCAGAUGAUGAAUGAGGGUUCUGAUGCACCCUGA